AUGACGACGAAAACUGUACCCACGCUCACCCUCGAAGGCGCGCGCAUCGCGCUGGCCGCCGCCGAACAACGCGCCAAAGAGAUCGGUGUACCCAUGAACAUCGCAAUCGUCGACCACGCAACACAUCUGCUCAACUUUGCUCGCAUGGAAGGCGCAAAAUUCACAUCGAUCAACAUCGCUAUCGACAAGGCGUUCACAGCUGCGGGCCACAAGGUCCCAACCUCUGUAUACAAAGAGAAUGUAUGGCCUGGCGGCCCUGCAUACGGCAUCAACCACACAAAUGGCGGCAGGUUCAACACCAUUGGUGGUGGUCUGCCGAUCGUCUUGGAUGGAGUUGUAGUCGGCGCUAUUGGGUGCAGUACGGGGACGCCGGCGCAGGAUGAAGAUGUGAGCACAGCGGGGAAGAAGGCUGUCGAGAGAAGCUUUGGUCUCAAGGCGAAGCUAUAA